AUGACGUACCAAGCUGCAUUUAAAGGUGGAGACGAAAUGUCCGCGGCGUACGCCUCGGUGGCGGCGUUUGCUUGGUGGAACAUAACCGCCGCGAGACGCGUGUUUAUCGAAAAGGCGAAAGUUAUCGGACCGAAAAUUAACUUUUGCAUCAGCGGGGCGAUGCUUGGGUUGUUUACGUACGCCUUGGCGAACUAA